UGCUGCCGAGUGCCACGCGCAAACAUCCAGUCUUCUCCCGUUCUAUCAAACGAAUUCAAGUCGUCUUUUCUCAUUAAUCACUCUCUUCACCCCCAGCACAGGCAACGGAGACAUGGCCCCAUCACUGGUCGAACAGGUCUCUGUGGACAGAUUGGGUCCUAAUGAGUUCGUCUCCAAAGCACUGCCUGUCCACAUGGGCAACGCAUCGCCCAUGGCGUACGGUGGAUGCGCCCUCGCAAUCGCCAUGAGCGCUGCGUAUGCCACCGUGCCCGAGUCGCUUGUCCCGUAUUCCAUGAUGGGCCACUUCCUCGGGCCCGCGUCCACAGACCGCAAGUUGUACGCUUCAGUCACGCAGACGCGGAACACCAGAUCCUUUGCCACCCGGCGCGUGGAGAUCAAGCAGAAGCUGGACAACGGCAACUUUCGAAGCUGCCUAGAGGCCAUGAUCGAUUUCCAAAUACGUGAGCCUUCCCUGUUCGACUACUCCACACCUACCUGGGAUCGAUGGCCGAAGCCAGACGAUUGUCCUACACUUCUGUCCCACGCCGAGAGCCUCAAAGCGCGAGGUCUCGCCACACAGCAGGAAGCCGAUCACUUUGCCAAGACAUUCAGCGCAAACGCCGAGCUGUUCGAAUCGAGAUACUGCACAAACGGCGUGUCUGGGCAGAACCUGGGAGGUGUCGCGAAACAUGCCCCCACGAUGCAAGACAACCUGCCCAUUACGUCCAGGUUCUCGGCGGAGUGGCAGCGCGCACUUUGCGAGCUCAAGACGCCGGCUGAGAAUUUCGCCGCCUUGGCCUUUCUGAUGGAUGCGGCUCUUUCCUUCUUGCCGCUCACAUUUAUGAACAUGUUCCUCGACGACGUCGGUGCGUGCGCGAGUCUGGACUUUGCGUUGCGCAUGUUCGUCGGAGACCUGAAAAUGGAGGACUGGCUCUUGAAGGAGAGGUCCACCUCCAGGGGUGGUGAGGGUAGGACGUACAGCGAAGGGAGGUUGUUUGAUGAGCGUGGGCAGAUGGUCGCUUCAAUGACACAGCAGAGUAUCAUGAGGGCGAAGCCGGCUCCGAAAAAGUCAAAGAUUUAGAGAAUACCAUGAUGGAAGUGGAAGAGAGGAAGCAUGUAUGCAUACAUAUUAGACGUGAUCAGCAGCCAAUAGCCCAAUGUAUCACUUUGACAGGUACACCUAGAGGAUGCAGCGCGUCCAGCUGCAUGAUCGUUCUGCAAGCCAC